AAAUUUUUGGGCCGACCAACGACAGGCCCUAAUCUGAUCCCCGCCGCCGUUGCACUCCGGCCUCGGUCUCCUCACCACGGAUCGCGGUCGCGCCGCCGUCCGCCGGCCUUGCUACUUCGGCACCCAGGCGAAGGCGCUCAAAUCAAUCGAACAUGCCCAGGCUCUCAACGCCACAGAAUCAAAUCAAGACUGGCUUGCUCAGGCCCUCUGUUCGCUCACUCAAUCUCCUCCUCCUCUUCCUCCAUAGGGCAGGCAAGCCAAGCCUUGCUCUCCAUCUUUUCUCUCAAAUAACCUCCAACUCCAUCCUCGUCCAUCCCUAUGCUCACUCCCUUGUCACCCGUACACUCCUCCAAUCCGGCCGCUUCCAGGAAGCCAAGCGCUUCAUUUUCCGUGCUGAGUCGGACUUCGGUUUCACUCCCAAGAGCUCCCUCUUCGAGUCCCUUAUCCAUGGCCUUUGCGUCGCCGAACAAAAUCCAGAUGAAGCCCUAGCGAUCCUGCAGGAAUGCAUUCAGCAUCAUAAUUUUUGCCCCUCUGUCGGAAUCUAUCGUGCGGUCGUUUCGGCUUUCGGUUCUCAAGGUAGAUUUGAUAGAGCAGUACAGAUCUUGGAGGCCAUAGGCGAUGAGAAAAAUCUAUUUUUGACUGAUAAUUUCAUAUGCAGUUCCAUCAUCUCUGGAUUUUCAAGGAAUGGGGUGCCUGCACUUGGUCUGGAGUUUUAUGAAAGGGCCAAAGUUGCUGGCUUGGAUCCUAAUCUCGUCACCUUUACUACGGUGGUUGAUGCUUUAUGCAGAGAAGGGAGAAUUGAUGAGGCUUGCAAUCUCGUUCGGAAGAUGGAAGACAAUGGAAUGGUGCUUGAUGUCGUUUUAUAUACCUGCUUGAUUGAUGGGUAUAUGAAGAGAGGUGAGAUCAUGGAAGGACUUCGGAAACAUAAAUUCAUGAUGGAAACAGGAAUAAAUCCAGACGCAGUUAGUUAUACUAGCAUCAUUGACGGUCUAUGUAAGGAGGGGAGUGUAGAGAAAGUGAUUGGUUUUCUGACUGAAAUGGAGAAUCACGAUAUACAACCCAAUUUAGUGACUUACACAACUAUAAUUCGUGGUUUCUGCUUGAGGAAUAAGUUGGAAGAAGCACUUUGCUUACUGAGGAAGGCUGAAGAACUUAGUUUUGUUGCAGAUGAAUUCCUUUAUUCUAUCAUGAUUGAUGGCUUUUGUAGGAGGGGGGACUUAGAUGGUGCUUUCAAUAUGCUUGAGGAAAUGGAGAAAAAAGAGAUAAAGGUUGGGUCUGUGACCUAUAACACGCUCAUCAAUUCUCUGUGUAAAAUUGGUCAGAUAAACAAGGCAAAUGAGAUCUCAAAUGGGUUUGUCAACGAUAAUUUUACCUAUUCUAUACUGUUACAUGGGUACCUCAAGGAAACUAAUGUAGGAGGUAUCCUGGAGGUAAAAAGGAGAUUAGAUGAAUCUGGCGUUAUUUGUGACAUUGUUACUUGCAAUGUACUCAUCAAGUCUUUUUUCAUGGUAGGUAUGGUAGAAGAUGCUUGCAAGCUGUUUAAUGAAUUGCCUUCGAUGGGUUUGGUUCCAAAUUCAAUUACUUAUUCUACUGUGAUUGAUGGUUACUUCAAAGAAGGUUUGGUUGAAAAGGCUCUUAUGUUGUUCAAUGAGUACCAAAGGAAUUCAACAUUCACUAGUUCUUCCAUCCAUGAUUAUAUGAUUAAAGGAUUGUGUAGGCAUGGUAUGACAAAAGCUGCUAUCAAAGUGUUUGAAGACCUUGUUGAGAAAAGUGUAUUUCCUGAUGCAACUACUUGUAGGAUGCUAAUUCAAACUAUAUUUAGUGAAGGUAAUGGUGAUAGUUUGUGGAGGUUUGUUCACAGAGUGGAGAACAUAGACCCUGAGCUUCUCUCUUUAAUAUGUAAUGAUGUUGUCCUUUUUUUGUGCAAGAAGGGGUGUUUUCCAAUUGCAUUGAAUGUGUAUAUGCUCUUGAGAAUGAAAUACUUGCCGGUCAAGAGCAAAUCAUAUGACAUGCUUCUGGAAGGUCUUUCGCGAAUUGGAGAUGAACACACAGCUGAAAUAAUAAUGGGUGAAUUCAUCAAACAAUAUGGAACCUUUGCAUCUGAUAGGUCAAAUGCAAUCUUCCUUUACCUUUGCAAGAAAAGUGUAGACAAAGCUAUUCCUUUUUUGAAGUUUAAGAGCAGAAGGAUCCUUGCCACAACAAUUGAAUCCCUUAAGAAGAAGGGUAGAAUUGAAGAUGCCUACAAGUUUUUAUUGCAAUCUGAAGAAAAUGGUGUGUCGUUGGAUUUAUUUGUUUACUCCAUCGUGGUGGAUGGACUUUGCAAGUCGGGUUAUCUUGAAAAAGCUCUAGACCUAUGUGCAAUCAUGAAAAAGAAAGGAGUACAUCCAAAUAUAGUCAUCUACAAUUCUGUGAUCAAUGGGCUAUGUCAACAGGGAUGUCUAACUGAAGCAUUUAGGGUUUUUGAUUCUUUGGAAAAACUUAUAAUUCCUCCUACAAUUGUUACUUAUUCUACUCUUAUAGGUGCUCUGUCUAGACAAGGUUUUCUGGAUGAUGCAAGCAAACUAUUAAAAAGGAUGAUCAACAAGGGUGUUAUUCCUAAUACAUAUGUUUACAACAAGCUAAUAAAUGGCUAUUGCAGCUUUGGAUUGGUUGAUAAAGCCAUGGAACUUCUCUCAGAUCUAGAAAAGAGUUGUUUGAAUCCUGAUGCUUUUACAAUUGCUUCUAUUAUGAGUGGAUAUUGUCAACAAGGGGAUGUUGAAAGUGGUCUAAGCUUCUUUAUUCAGUGCAAGAGUAGAGGGCAAUUUCCAGAUUUCUUGGGCUUCAUGAGCCUUAUAAAAGGGUUCUUUGCCAAGGGAAGGCAGGAAGAAGCAAGAGGCAUGUUGCGGGAAAUGUUGAAGUCUGAAGAAAUUACAAAGCUGAUAAAUGCUGCUGGAAAUGAACUCCAUCUAGAGUCCUUGCAGAAUCUUCUAUCAGUUGCAUGUGAGCAAGGAAAAAUUGAGGAAGUCAUACCUAUUCUAAAUGAAAUUUCUUGUAUGUUUUUUUCUUCAACAAGGUUUAACGGCCACAGAAUGUUUACAAAACUGAAUAAGCUGCAUGAUUCUGAUAUGUUAGACAUGAAAGCUGAAAAGACAGAGGGAACACGUAUUCAUCACCCAGAAAGUAAUAGGGAGUCAAGGCCAGAACAUGAACUUAGUUUGAAAUUCAACAUAGACAAAGACAAGGAAGCUCAUGAAUAUCAGAUAGUAAAACCACAGGGAUACGACUUUGCUACCUACUAUUCUACGAUUUCAUUCUUAUGUGGCAGAGGGGACCUGCAGAAGGCUAACAUUGCAAUCAGAGCAAUGCUUCAAGAUAAAAAAAAAGUCCUCAGUCAACCACUUGGGACUCUUUGAUAAGUCAGGACCUUUCUGUAGGUUUUGGUCUGCUAAUGGACAAGUGAUAAGGGAAGCUGAGACUAUUUUUGUUUACUGUUUUCAUUCAGCUCCUUGCAACACUUUGUUGGGUAAUAAUUUCUGCAAGGGAUUAAAUUUUGUGCAGUGAGUCAAUCCUAAUGUGAAGUAAAAACUUUACCAGGUAUGGUGUCUAUAUUUCAACGUAAAGAAUCCAGCUGUAGUCUCCAAUAUCUCCUAUGACAUUCCUGGAUCUGUUUGGAAGUGGAAACUUAGCCUUGUUCCAGAGUUGGCACGGACCAAAAACCCUGUAGCUUGUAGAUCAUAAAACUUGCACAAAAUCCUGAUGCUUUUUGACGCCAGCUGACUUUACCUUGGUGACCUGAUCUCUGAUGCUUCCAGUGUUUGUCAAGAAUUAAUGGUCUGAGCCUGAGGUUCCUUGUAAUAUCCAUGGGGCUGUACUAAUUAAACAGGGUCCAUCAAUCCUCGAAAGCACACUGUUACGGUGCGACACUCAGUCAGCUCGAGGACAUCAAUUAGUUCACAAUUCAUAGUAUAUCCUCUUCAUUUAGAUGUCAGCUAAAGUUUUACAUUAGUUUUUGCUUUUGCUUCAACUGCUAACAGUCCUAGCCAUUAGUUUUCUCUUAUUCAUCCUCCCUUUCUAUAAUCUUUAAACCUUAAAAGUGGAAGGCAGUUCACUUUUGUCUGGUGGAAAUGACCUAGGGAUCACGCACAUUGGUGCUAGAACAACAAGGGUAAAUUGUGAAUUUCAGCUAUUUUGAGCUAGUCUAGUGGCUAUACAAGGUGAUUGGAAAAUUAUCUUCUUCUGGACAUAAGGCGCAUCACUGAAAUAUCCAACUUUUGCAUGAAAACGUUAGCAAAAUUUGCUUGCAUUAUUAAUGUAUUAUAUUCUUGGAGAAAUCUCUAAAGUUUGCAUUACCAAUAGAAAUCACAUUUAAGAUAAUGAUACAACAUCAUUGUCAUCAACAUCAAGCCAUAUUUGUCCCUACUAUUUGGAGCCAGUUAAUUUAUGAUAGUGAUACAAAAAUCAAAAUCAUUAAUUCUGCAACCUCUCAGAAAGUCCUCAUACAAAUUCGGUAAUGGUAUAGACAACCAUCCUGGUAUCUUCUCAUCUGGUUAUGCCAACUGUAUUUUACUAAUUAACGAAACACCACCUCAGGUAAUGCUGAAAUGUAGAGGGCAUGAGAGAGUAUAAAGUCACCACCUCCCAUUAAUCUCACAUGGUUAAGUGGAAGCCCUUUUGGACUUCUUGAAUUUCAUGGGUCCACACCUGUUGCACAAAAAUAGAAUAUGGACUUGAUAUUAGCUUCAUGUUAAUUUAGAAACUAGAGGAUCACUAACUAUUCAUUCGCCUUUUUCUUUGCUAAUCGCCUUAUAGUAUGUAUGACUGUUGAUUUUUUUUUUCUCUCUAUAGUGUUUUCUGAUCAAUUAUUAAAUUGCAGAAAGGAAUUGAUGAAAAAUUGGGAAGCCACUUUAGGACAUGAUCCUGAAGCUUUUUUCAAGAGUGGUUAUGCUCUAGGUAGAUAUGGAAGUUAAUGGAGUGCCUUUGAAGGCUUUUGUUGAUAGUGGAGCACAAUCUACAAUAUUUUCUAAAAGUUAUGCGACAAACGUGGGUAUGGUGACCAGUCUAAGCCUCCCAGUCAAUGUAGCAGCAAUUGGACCUUCUAUGCUAUCUUCCAUAUAGGAAUGACAGAUGGAUUGCUCGAUGAUGCAAUUUGGGGAAGGCAAAAGAGAAGAUGCUUGUUCGUAUAUUAGGCUCUAUUGAAACUACUUGAUCAGCAUUACAGAGGUGUUGCUGUUGCAGUUGGCCAGUCAGAGAUAUUAGGCUUAAUACAUGUUGCACCAAUUAAGAAAAGGACAUAUAUUCAUGUAUCCCUGAUGAACAAAAACUCUCAAAACAAGCAUCAAUUUCUAGCAUUACCAGUUGAAGCUUUCAAACUUCUCUGCUAUUCAGUGUAUCUGAUACCUUGGUGUUGUCCUAUGCAACUGAAGAUUUUGCAAUCAAGCGAUGAAGUUCUUAUUUGAAAUUUUCUGAAAAGAGAGUUUACCAAGAACACUGCAAAAACACACUGCUCAUAUAAUGAACGUAUCAUCAUUAGUGAAUGCUUUUGGCUAUU